CAAGUGUGUGAGAGAAAGAGAGAGAGAGAGAAAAAAAGAAAGAAAGAGAGAGAAAGAAGCAAGGUAGGUAGGAUCGUAGAGGUAACAUCGUAGAGAGGCUGGGACUUGAUCCCAAAGGUAGGAGCACUUGGUUAGUGGAGACCAGUCCAUCGCGGGCCCUCCUUUCGUUCAAACGCGUUUUACUUUCCGGUGCCUCAUUUCCCACACCAAUAAAAAAAAACAAAAAAAAAUAAAAUUCUACCUCCCCCGCCAAAAAAUAAAAAUUGAGAUUUCUCAAAUGCAAAAAUUCCCCCACUUUCCCUAAUUCAAUCAAAUUCAAUAGAAUUUUCAUUAUAAAAUUUUUUUUUUACCAUUCUCUAAUUUAAUUUACUUCAAUAAAAAUGGUAGUAAUUAAAAUUGUGUAAGGAUACUUUAAAUCUAAUAUAUAUGAAUAUGUUAGAUAAUUGAUCAAUUUUGUAUAAAUGAAUUGAAAACUUUGAUUUUUUAUUGCAAAUUUUAAAUGAAAAUUCAAUUUAAAUUAGUGGUGUCCUUUAGAAGAAAAAUUAGCAAGUGUAAAACAAAUAAGUUAAUAACAAAAUAAUUGAAUUCUUAAUAAAAAAAAAAGUUAAAUUUAUCAUUAUUUGGAUAUUUUUGUGGAAUUUAAAAAUUUUUUUGCAACAAUAUUGAUAUAUAAUUAAUUUUUAAUAAUCGGUGAUUAAGAAUUGAUGAUUUAGGAAGUUAUUUAAAGUUUCGGAAUUAAAUGUCAAGAAUUUAUAUAUAUAGAAAUAUAAUAUAUAGAUAUAGUGAUUUUCAGAAGUAAAGCAAUACCGAUUAGGAUCAAAAGGAAUUGGAUAUUGAGAAUUGUUUUAUAAGGACAAGUUCAGGUGUUUAGUGAUAAUAUCUUAAAGAAGAGUAACAAAGUGUGUCAAUAUAAGAUUAUAUAUAUGUGAAAGUUGAAAUGAAGAUUAACAUUAGGAAGUGAUUAGUGUUGGAAGAUCUAAUACAGCGGAUUAGUGUAAUAUGUCCAGGAUGAACAUUAGGUGGUAUUACCAAUCGUUAAAUGGUAUUACCAAUCAUUAGAUGGUAUUACCAAUCAUUAGGUGAUUAUACAGUGUCGAAAUAAACGUUGGUAAUUAUAACAUAAGAAGAAGGAUAAAUAUAAAAACAAACAACAUUAGGGAUGUCAAGAACGUUUUGGUUUAGGAGACCUUAGGUGAUUGAUACAACGUUUCAUUUGCAAAAGAAGCAACGUUUUUGGAAAUCUAAAACCUUUUUUCUUUUUUUGUGGAACACUAUCAGAAAGAGGAGGAUUAGACAGUGACAAGAACAAAUGAGAUAUUUGGAAAAUUAAAUAUUUGCAAGGAACAUUAAAUGUUGAAAGAACACAUUUGUAUUUUAGCAGCAGUAUGCAAUGAAUUUAGUAACGAAAAUGGAAAUAAAGAACUUCGAAUAAAUAACGAAUCAUUUGUGGCAAUUUGUUUGAAUCUUAAAAUCGACAUGCGAUAAAGGUCGUAGAUAUCAGUUCCCGGAAGUAAGGCUCUUGGGCACGCCGCCGGUAUACUUUCGAAUAUUAUGUCCGAUGAGUGUUCCUUAUUUCCUCUAUCUUUUCCGUCGGAUAAUUUGAAAAAAGUAUUGUAACCAAAAACAUUUACUAAUUCCUUCAAUUUCUAUCAAAUUUUGGUAUUCAUCAAUACCUAAAUCUACUUUAUCUAAUUUAUCUAAAUUACCUAAUUUACCUAAUUUACCUAUUUAUCAAUUAAUUUAUCAAAAUCUUAAAACCUAACCAAAAUUUCUAAAAAAUCAAAUCAAAAUCCAAUCAAAACCCCUUUGGAAUUAUAAAGGAUUUACAAUCGAUUCAAUACUUACAAAAAAUUGAAGUCAGUAACAACAGACAUCUUGAUCGAGGGAUAUCUCUUUCUCUCUCUCUCUCUUUCUAUCUGUUGAACCGGAAGGGGAUUCGGUGGUCUCUUCCGGUUUGAUUGUUUCGAUCCUUCGACCCAGAACCAGUGGGCCGUCAAUAUUAACAGUCUCGCCGGGGUUUUGUCUCUCUCUCUCUCUUUCUCUUUUUCUCUUUCUCGAUAUCGAGUUCCGUCGAUCGACUUACCGGAUCAGAUUGGAUCGUCUUCCAUUUCUUUGUGGGAUCUCAGUGUGACCUUCUUCAUAUAUAGAUAUAUAUAUAUAUAUCCAAAAGAAGAUGUUUAUGACUUUUUUAUUUUACAAAGUGUUUUACGUGACUUUUGGAAUAUCAUAAUAAAGGUUUCUUUUUUUCCUUCUUCUUCAACAAGACAAAAAAGAGUGUGCCGGAGAUUUCAAUGCCGAAGAAUGAAGAAAAAAGUGAUUUUUAUAAUAGUAAUUUGGUGACAUAAAUCAAUGAACGACGAGAGGGUAACGGUGAUGUAAGAAAUGCGUCCUGGUGACUUCGCGGUAACCGCGAUAGCCCUAUUGAUAUUGGGACUAAUUCAGGGACCUCGACAAAAUAGGGUGGUCGGAGCUUUUAUGGUUGGCGCGGCAGUUUGUGGACGGAUUCCCGGAUUGGGCAAAAAUCAGCGGGAGCUGUGCAAAAAGGCACCGUACGUGAUGCCAGCUAUUGGUGAGGGUGCCGAGCUCGGUCUUCGUGAGUGUCGACAUCAAUUUAGGCAUCACCGCUGGAAUUGUUCUCACGUCGUCAGCGACCAGAUUUUCGGUCACGUUGUAGUCGUAGGAAGCAGAGAAGCAGCUUUUACUUAUGCAAUAAGCUCAGCGGGUGUAACUUACAAAAUCACGGAAGCCUGCAGUCGCGGAAACAUCACAGCUUGCGGUUGUGAACCAACACUUAGAACGAGAAAAGAAUCACCAUCAAGUGAUUGGCAGUGGGGUGGCUGUAGUGCUGACGUUGCAUACGGAAUGAGGUUGGCGCGCAGAUUUACGGACGCACGCGAAGUCGCAGGUGAUCCGAGAAGUUUAAUGAACUUACACAACAAUAAAGCCGGUAGAAAGAUGGUAAAAACACUUUUGAGAACGGAAUGUAAAUGUCAUGGUGUAUCUGGUUCAUGUACAGUGAGAACAUGUUGGAGAACGUUACCGAGUUUUCGUCAAGUGGGUGAUGCACUCAUGAAAAAAUAUUACAGAGCACGACCAGUUGUGGCAGUCACGCCACCACCACCACCAAAGAUGCAGAUGGAUGUUUCUCCAAAUCCUGCGGAAUUAAUUCCAAUUUUGGGUAAUGACGCAAGAACACAAGGUUAUGGUUAUGAGAAAAUAAAAAUUGAAAGAAGACUUUCACGAAAGGCUGUGAAUAAACCACGUAAACCACAUUUGGUAUUGAAACGUACAAAAUUCAAUACGGGACCUGGAAUGAGCUAUAAGAGAAUACCGAAAAGAAGUGAAUUAGUUUUUCUUCAACCAUCGCCAAAUUAUUGUGAUUCUGAUUUAUCACAGGGAAGUCUUGGAACGCAGGGUCGUUUCUGCAAUCGUACCAGUAAAGGUACCGAUGGUUGUGACUUGAUGUGCUGUGGACGAGGUUACAAUACACAUCAAUAUACAAAAGUCUGGCAAUGUAAUUGUAAAUUUCAUUGGUGCUGUCGUGUGCACUGUGACACGUGCUCACAAAGAAUUGAAGAGUAUACAUGCAAAUAAAGUUCAUGUACCAGUGAUCAGUAAUCGGAUUCUUGGAUCUACCUUCUUUCAAUUCACAAGAAGAGAAAAUAAACGAGAGAGAGAAAAAAAAAGAAAGAUAACCAUUUACAAGAAUAUUUGUCACAAUUCUUAUUGUAUGUAUCGCUCUGGCCUUGGUUACAAGAAUAAGAAUUCUCUUCUUUUUUUUUUUCUCAUAGUUUUAUUAAUCUCGAGAACUUUAGCGAAUAAUUCCAAGGAUUAUUUCUUCGCUUGGAAAAUGGAUAAGAUAACGAAUUUUUUUUUUUUUUUUUUUUUAAAUCUUUUUCAUAUGACAAAAUAACUACCAAAGUAUAUUUCGUUUUAUUAGAGAGUUAUAAUCGUUUAAAUAAAAUUUCUUUGUUAAACAAGA